AGCGUGAACUCUGACCGCUUUUACAUGAUAAGAAUCCACGUGGGGACUUUCAUCUCUAGCGGUAUAUAUAAAAUGGGGUGCAAAGUUUCGCUCUCGUAUCAAAAUAGGACUUCAACAUUUAUAUUAUUUACCGAAAGGGGUGAGACUUCGAAGUCGUCAUCCCUUGUGAAAAUUCUACGUUAGGAGGUAGCAGUAGCAGUCGAAAGUCGGCGGAAUGCCCGACGUUUUUCUUUUUUCUUUAUUUCUUUUUUUCCUUCAGUAUGGGGUGAGCGAAAGUUAUAAACCUGUCAUAUUGAUGCACGGCAUUCUUUCAUCCCAAAGAGAUUUAAAUGACCUGAAAGCAUUUAUUAAGAAGGCUCACCCAGGAACAGAAACCUACAAUAUAGAUGCCUUUAACGAUCUGCUCAGCUUGGAGCCCAUGGGGAAACAGGUCAGAAUAGUUGCCCCAAUAAUGAAGAAAAUAAUGGAUGCCAACCCACAGGGGGUCCACUUGAUCUGCUUCUCUCAAGGAGGCCUUGUAUGUCGCGGGGUGCUAGAAACUUUGCCUUCCCACAAUGUUUAUAAUUUCAUAUCCCUCAGCUCUCCUCAGGGGGGACAAUUUGGAGUGCCUUCCAUGCUAAAGCCAUUUAUUCCUGCAGUUAGCCGGGAAUAUUUAUACGAGGUUUUCUAUACCUCUGUUGGACAGAAUGUGUCUGUAGGAGAUUAUUGGUACGAUCCACAUCAUUUGGACCUCUUCAAAAAACCUGCCUUAAAGGUUUUCCUUGCACAGUUGAACAAUCAGACAGCCAAUCCUUACAGCAGUGCUUUCAAGAACAACUUCCUAAAAAUAAAAAACCUCAUCAUGAUUGGUGGUCCAGAUGAUGGGGUGAUCACACCAUGGCAGUCUAGUCACUUUGGAACGUAUGAUGAAAAUGAAAAUGUAAAAGAAAUGGUCAACCAAGAGUAUUAUAUCAAGGACUCAUUUGGUCUUCAAACCCUGAACAAAAGAGGAUCAUUGCAUAAGUAUGUUAUCCCUGGUGUUAAGCACACUCAUUGGCAUGGCAAUAAAGAUGUCUUUGAAAAGUGUAUUGAACAGUGGCUGGAUUAG